AGAACAAGUGGAAGCCUUCAGACGUCCUCCGCACCUUCUUGAGCUUCCCUCCAAGCCUAUCCUUUCGGUGAAGGACAAUCUUCUGGCCAACAUGGACUUUAACGGCACGUGGCAGGUCUACGCCCAGGAGAACUACGAGGCCUUCCUCAAGGCCAUGGAGCUCACCGACGAGGUCAUCAAGAUGGCGAAGGAUAUCAAGCCCGUGACGGAGAUCACCCAGAAGGGCAACGAUUUUGUGGUGACCUCCAAGACCCCCGGAAAAACGGUGACCAACUCCUUCACCGUCGGCAAGGAGGCGGACAUCACCACCAUGGACGGCAAGAAGCUCAAGUGCGUCGUCAACCUGGAGGGCGGCAAACUGGUCUGCAAAACUGGCAAGUUCUGCCACAUCCAGGAGCUCAAAGGAGGAGAGAUGAUCGAGACUUUGACCAUGGGCUCCGCAACUCUCAUCAGGAAGAGCAAGAAAAUGUAAAGCUGACAGUGACACUUGAAAUAAAGUAUAUUUAAAUAC